AUGACACAGACGAUGGGCUGCUAUAUGUAUAUAGCGCAUUUCCACGACGAGAAGCGCGCUCCUCGUCUCCACCAUGGCGGGAGCAUGCUAAACGGAUUCACCGUCCAAGCCACCGUCAUCAUGCUCCCCGCCAUAAGCCGCGUCUUCAACAUUCCGCCUAGCCGUCAGCAGAUGAUCAUGUUGACAUACAGCGUCGCCUCGGGCUCCUCCAUGCUCCUCUGGGGCCGCAUCGCCGACGUUCACGGUCGAUGGGGUGUCUUCCUCGCCGGUACCACGCUCUUCGCAAUCUUCACACUGCUCAUACCCUUUGCUCCCUCCGAGCUGUUUCUCUACAUGCUCUCCGGCUUGCAAGGGUUUAGCAGCGCGGCUACCGUGCCUUCGGGCAUCGGCAUCUUGGCCUCGAUGUUUCAGCCCGGUCCUGAUAGAAAUAGGGCGUAUGUCGCGCUCGUUGCUAGCUCGAGCGUAGACAGCGUCUUUGGGAAUAUCGCUGGCGGUGCAAUUGGCGGCCUACUCUCAUGGCGAUGGGGGUUCUGGAUCCCAGCUGGUCUUGCUGCUAUCAUCGCACUCUCUGCAUGCAUCCUAUGGCCCAGGAGAUCCAGGUUCUCCUCAUCAUCGCAGACAGGAGGCAGCACCCACCACCGCGAUCAGUCUGUCGACUACAUUGGCGGCCUCCUCAUCUCCACCAGCCUCGCCCUCCUCCAAGUCGGCCUCUCGCAGGGCAACGUCGAAGGCUGGGUCAACUUCCACGUGCCAAGCCUGAUCUGUGCCUCCGUCAUCCUGGGGGUUAUAUUUGCGACUCUGCAGUUGAGGAUGGAGCGAUCGCCGGAUAAACACCCCCUUGUGAGGCUCUCCAUGUUCAAGAACGUGAGUUUUUCGGCUGCCUUUUUGGUGGUAGCCUGCUUCUUCGGGUCCUUCAACAGCUUCCUCGUGUUUGCUUCCAUGUUCUUUCAAGAUAUUCUGAAGCCCAGCAUGCUGAAGACGACUCUUUACUUCUUGCCUGGCGGCAUCAUUGGCGGCCUCGUUUGCUUUCUCGUGACACCAGCGCUGUCCCUCUUCCGCGGUUUCUACAUGCUUAUGUUCGGCUUCAUCUGUAGCAUCAUCUCUCCUCUCCUCUUUGCCCUCCUAAUGGGAUCACAAGGAGGCUCCGUCGUUUUCAACUACUGGGUACGUGGGUUCCCAGCCAUGUGCCUGUGUCUUAGCGCCGAGGUCGUCUGGCCCGUUAUUGGCCUCUACGUCGCUCGGGGCGUCGCCGAAGCCGACCAAUCUCUCGCCGGUGCCUUGCUCCAAGCUGCGAAUCACAUCGGUCGAGGUCUCGGUAUGGCGCUGGCAGCAGCCGCUCAGGUCAUUGUCUCUCGAUCAUCACACUCUCUCCUGCUUGGUAUCCAAGCGGCGCAGUGGACCAAUGUCGGCAUGGCUACUCUAAGCCUACUUUGCACACUCAUCUUCUUCCGGGGUCUGGACACGUCGUAG